CGCUGUCAUUGCUUGCUGUCAUCAUCGUGAUGUUGGUGGUGUUAUUAUCGAUAGAUUUCUCAAGCAGUUUCUCUCAAAAUUUUCAGUGAAAACAUUUCCAAUAGAUUAUAUUUUCGAAUAAUUUUACGAUUCAGACGGACAAAAGUGUACUAUUACGAUCAAAGCAGUGAUUAGUGGUUUAGUUCCUGCCUCGGCCAGUGGUUUGGGGGUGAAAACUGAAGAAAAAUUUUCGCCUGCGGAUUUUCUGCUCGUGUGUUGAGCAGCUCCAACUUUCUCGAAGGUAAUAUCUAAUUUUGAUCAACAUGACGCAAAUGAGUCAAGAAGAAAUAGUCUCGAACACUAAAACGGUUCUUCAAGGGCUGGAAGCCUUAAGGGUUGAACACUUAACCCUCAUUUCCAACCUUACUGAAGGCAGCAAAAAAGACCCAGAUAAGUCGGAAAUUGUUAUGAAAAAUAUUGAAAACAUCGAAUUGGGCUUAGGAGAAGCACAGGUGAUUGUCGUGCUUGCAUCUCAUCUACAAAAUAUCGAGGCCGAAAAGCAAAAGUUACGUACACAGGUGCGACGAUUAUGUCAGGAAAAUGCCUGGCUGCGAGAUGAACUAGCAAACACACAACAGAAGCUCCAAUCGUCAGAGCAGACGGUUGCCCAGCUUGAGGAAGAAAAGAAACAUCUGGAGUUCAUGGCAUCCGUGAAGAAAUAUGACGAUAACCAAGAAAAUGAAGAGCAACAGGAAAAAUCACGCUCGGACCCAGUGGUGGAACUCUUCCCGGAAGAUGAGUCCGAGGAGAGACAUACCAUGUCCCCAACACCACCAAAUCAGUUUGCAAACCACGCCAAUGCAGGCUAUGAGAUCCCAGCGCGCUUGAGGACAUUGCACAAUCUGGUUAUCCAGUACGCGUCUCAAGGUCGUUACGAGGUAGCGGUCCCACUUUGCAAACAAGCUCUGGAGGAUUUGGAGAGAACCAGCGGUCACGAUCAUCCGGACGUCGCAACUAUGUUGAACAUCCUGGCUUUAGUAUACAGAGAUCAGAAUAAAUAUAAGGAGGCUGCAAAUUUGCUUAAUGAUGCGCUUGCAAUUCGUGAAAAAACCUUAGGCGAAAAUCACCCAGCUGUAGCUGCUACUCUCAACAAUCUCGCUGUGCUUUAUGGUAAACGUGGCAAAUACAAGGAUGCCGAGCCGCUUUGCAAGCGAGCUUUGGAAAUUCGUGAGAAUGUGCUUGGCAAAAAUCACCCGGACGUUGCAAAACAACUGAACAAUUUAGCACUUUUGUGUCAGAACCAGACAAAGUAUGAAGAAGUGGAGAUGUAUUACCAAAGAGCCUUGGAAAUAUACGAAAUGAAGCUUGGGCCUGAUGAUCCAAACGUCGCAAAGACCAAGAACAAUCUUGCAAGCUGCUAUCUGAAACAAGGCAAAUAUAAGGAAGCUGAAAUUCUGUACAAGCAGGUUCUAACUCGUGCUCACGAGAGGGAAUUCGGAGCGAUCAACGGUGAAAACAAGCCUAUCUGGCAGGUUGCCGAAGAAAGAGAAGAGAACAAAUCGAAAAAUCGUGAAAACACACCGUAUGGAGAAUAUGGCGGUUGGCACAAAGCAGCUAAAGUUGACUCUCCUACUGUGACGACAACAUUGAAGAAUCUAGGCGCCCUCUACAGACGACAAGGAAAGUACGAGGCUGCUGAUACCUUAGAGGAUUGCGCCCUACGCAGCAAAAAAGAGGCGCUGGAUUUAGUAAAGCAGUCCAAGGUUGCGAAAAUCCUGGGAGUGUCCGACGAAAACAGACGUCAAAGGAUGAAGGACAGUGAUAGCUAUGACGAAGAGGGAAAGCGAUCUCAAAAGUAGAUUGAUGGUUUUACGUACUAUUACUACUGCUAUAACCAGCAUGCAAGUUUUCACAAACGUCAGUAUUGGCACUUUUGUUUUAGGUUGUACGAAAAAUGUGAAAAAAACUAGAUAAUUAUUUUGUUUUUGCUUAUACUGUGUUCCACUUGACGGGUUAUUUUUACCCAAGGCUUUGCAAAUAAAAAAAAAAAGUGUUACAUCCUAUUUCAUUCCAUUGUGGCUAUUGCAGCAUUGGUGCCGGCUUUUGAAUCAUUCAUCUGUGUGUAAUUGUCUUAAUCCAUUAUUCGAUCGUGUCUUCCUGCUGAGAGUUAUGCUCUCUGUUCCAUCGUAGGGUCCUUAGACCAAUGCAUUAUUCAUUUCUGUUUAUGCAGAUAACGAGAGCUUAAUUUACUUAGUCAUGAUUAAUUUUAGAGAGCAUAUUACCUAUAUUUGUAAAACAUAUUUUCUAAAACGGUGCAAGUAUAUUCCUUUACAAUGACAGGUGAAGAAUGGUUGCAAACUCAGCAUAUAUUAAGUAUAGCCAAUCAUCUGGAACUUAAAAGCAUUUCCAGCAAAAUUACUAAUUGUUUGGCGAGUUACAUAAUGUUUGCCAAUAGUUCUCUUUUUUUGCUUAAAUUACUAAAGUUAAUUGGUGGCACACACCUAACAUCUAUAUUUAUUAUUUAUUUAUUUGAAACUGAUUAUAAGAAAAUUACAGAAGUGAGUCUUUUGAAACAGUAAUUCAAUGAACAUAUUCGCUGAUUAAGAACGCCUAAGGUUUCGCCUUUUUCAAAAAAUGUUUACACAUUUAACAAUCGAAACGUAUCGCGUCUCUUGAUCCUGGAUUGCUGCCUUACUUGACACCGAAAACGGGUUUGCAUGAUUUUCUGCAAGCAAUUCUGUAACCCGAUGUAUUGUUAGAGCAUCUUCAACAGAGUCACAAUUCGUAUGGUAAGUUACACAAUUUAUGUAACUCGCCAUAUGAUUUGUAACUCUGCGAAGAUUCCCAAAGGGAUGCUAAACAUUGGCCUGUGUAUCAAUCAAAAGAAAUAAUUAAUAGAAUUACUCAGAGUCCUAGUCGAAUGAAACACAAAGCAUAACUCAAAGAAGGAAAAAAAAAAUAUACCAAAGUUUCAAAUUCAUCAUCUGUAACCUUCAAACUUUUGUUUCGUCAAAGCACAUUUCGUGCGAAAAGUUACGGAAAGAGGGAGAUCACAAUUGUAACGCUUUAUAAACUGAAAAUGUUGAACUGCUUAGAUCUUUCCAAUAGAUAGCAGAAUUUGCUUGUUGGCUGCUCCCAUCAGUGCGUUUCUAACGCUCGUUUUUUCGGAAAAUGGGCUGUGUUUGUAAUGAUGAAUGAAGUGCUGUAGGUAUCUAUCACUAAGACAAUUUAUUGCAUCUAAGAGAGUUACUCUUAAUACACUAUAUCAAACGGCAAAUGAAAAUUGAUUAAAGAUGUUUGAAAAAAAUCUGAAAUAAUUGUAAGACGACAUGAUAGUAACCCCUUAGGUAACACUUAUAGCUAUUGAUUUCAAAAACCAUUACAUAAGCGUUUACUAAUGGCCUUUUGCUGCGUUUGUGAAAAUUUGACAAAAAAAAAAGAAGUAAACAUUCUCAAAAUUAGAUUUACGAAAUAUUUAGAAGCACAUUUUGGUGCAAUAUUAACGAAGAACGAGAACUAUUAUUUACUAUCUCUCUCUGCUUUUAAAUUGUUUGAAGAAAUACACGUAAUCAACCACACACAGCUCAGUAUGACAUCCAAAUUGAACACAAAAGAACAUUCAGGUCGCCUUAUGAAGUGAAAUAAACAAUUGCUGGAAUCUAA